GUCGGCCUCUGGGGAUAUCAAGCUGACCAAAGAUGGCAACGUGCUGCUGCAGGAAAUGCAAAUACAACACCCUACGGCCUCCUUGAUAGCAAAAGCAGCAACAGCACAAGAUGACAUCACUGGAGAUGGCACCACCUCAAAUGUCUUGAUCAUUGGUGAGCUCCUAAAGCAGGCAGACCUCUAUAUCUCUGAGGGUUUGCACCCUAGAAUAGUAGCAGAAGGAUUUGAGAUUGCAAAGGAAAAAGCACUUGAAGUUUUGGAGCAGGUGAAAGUAACCAAGGAAAUGGACAGGGAGACCCUUAUAGAUGUUGCCAGAACAUCCCUCCGUACUAAAGUUCAUGCAGAGCUUGCUGACAUCCUCACAGAGGCUAUAGUAGAUUCUGUUUUGAUAAUCAGAAAACCAGAUGAGCCUAUUGACCUCCACAUGGUAGAGAUUAUGGAGAUGAAGCACAAAUCAGAAACUGACACAACGCUGAUCAGGGGGCUGGUUUUGGACCAUGGUGCUCGUCAUCCUGACAUGAAGAAAAGAAUGGAAGAUGCUUAUGUUCUUACGUGCAAUGUAUCUCUAGAAUAUGAGAAAACAGAGGUGAGCUCUGGAUUCUUCUAUAAAAGUGCUGAAGAGAGAGAGAAGCUUGUGAAGGCAGAAAGAAAAUUUGUUGAAGACAGAGUGAAAAAAAUCACAGACUUCAAAAGAAGAGUCUGUGGCAGUUCAGAUAAAGGAUUUAUUGUGAUCAACCAGAAGGGAAUUGACCCUGUUUCCUUGGAUGCACUUGCAAAAGAAGGAAUAGUUGCUUUGCGGAGAGCUAAAAGGAGGAACAUGGAAAGAUUGACCCUUGCAUGUGGUGGUACUGCCAUGAAUUCCUUGGACGAUCUCACUCUUGACUGCCUGGGACAUGCAGGGCUUGUCUAUGAGUAUACGUUGGGUGAAGAGAAAUACACCUUUAUUGAGAAAUGUGACAACCCCCGCUCUGUCACCCUGUUGAUCAGGGGACCAAAUAAGCAUACGCUCACACAGAUCAAGGAUGCAGUAAGAGAUGGUCUGCGUGCUGUUAAAAACGCUAUUGAGGAUGGAUGUGUGGUUCCAGGAGCAGGUGCACUAGAAGUGGCUGUAGCUAAUGCUCUUCUUAAACAUAAACCUAAUGUAAAAGGAAGAGUCCAGCUUGGAGUUCAGGCUUUUGCUGAUGCUCUGCUCAUCGUUCCUAAGGUUCUCGCUCAGAAUGCUGGUUAUGAUCCCCAGGAAACACUAGUGAAGGUUCAGACGGAGCAUGCGGAGUCGGGACAGCUCACUGGGGUUGAUCUGAACACUGGUGAGCCAAUGGUCGCUGCAGCAGCUGGAAUCUGGGAUAAUUACAAUGUCAAAAAGCAACUGCUUCAUUCGUGCACGGAGAUCGCUAGCAACAUUCUCUUGGUGGAUGAAAUAAUGCGAGCUGGACUGUCUUCUCUUAAAGGCUGAGUUGGAUCUGUUAUUGCAGGAUGGUGGUCAGCUCCAGAAGUGCCCCAUGGAAUGUUUGUAAGAAAUCCACUCAAAGCUGUGUUUUCCUUGGCUGUGGUGGAUUGUCCCAGCAACGAAAGCUCCUCUGCUGUCACGGGCAGCCCCUCUUUGGUAAACAUGUGGCCACUCAAAAUAAUAGCAACUUGAUCAAACAUUUGGCUCUAAAAAUCAGUUAUUUAUUUUUCAUUUCACUGAUGUGUACAACUGAAGUUGCUUUUCUUUUUACCCAAUAAACUGUUAUGUUCUGUG